AUGUUUGACUCCCAUUAUCUUUGGGUCUUCUGGGAGUAUGGGGAUGAGGAUCGUCGUGAGAAGGGUCAAGGGGACCCAGAUCCACUCAAGGAUCCUUUGAUCUCAGUGUUUCGGAGGAACCCUUCACCUCUGAGUAUUCAAGCGAGGUUGCACGUACGAAUUGAGAGGAUUACUGAGGCGGAGGGCUUGUUAUCAUCUCGCGCCAGUUUGCUCCACCGAAGACGUCUGGAAGCCUACACAAAGACCUUAACAACUCAGGUCAUAGAACUACAGUAUGCAGAUGACUGUGCAAUAAUGACACAUAACAGAGAAUCUAUGCACCGUGCACUGGAGGUGAUCUCUGGAAUCUACAGCUCGCUUGGUUUACAAAUUAACACCCAGACUGAGAUUUUUGUCCAGCCCAUUGUUCCACCAAAUAUAAGUACCCAACUCUACAUUAAUGGAGAUCCUAUCAAAACAGUAAACCAGUUUAAGUACCUUGGUACCACUCUCACACUCACCUGCUCACUGGAUAUCGAAAUUCAAACCAGAAUCAAUUUAGCCUCAGCUGCAUUUGGACGCAUAUCAACGCAGCCUCAGCUUGAAGAAAAUGCAAGUGUGAUAAUAGGAACUUGUGAGCGACGACACAUUGUUUCUUUCAAAUUCAUUUAUGAUGCUAUUGGGCCACACAUAGCAGAGAACCUUCCAGGUUUCCAUACCUUCACAGGAUCUGACUGCACAGGAAAAUUUGCUAGCAAAGGAAAGAAAACAUACAGUGAAGUGUUUUCACCAUUGGAGCAUGGCUGGAAGAUUGAAAAUGACUGUUUCAUGCCAGUCAUAUUAGACCUGCCACCAGCUCCAGAAGCUAUCACAAAGCUUGUUAAGUGUGGAUGUGGCGUCAACAAAUGUGGAUCAUUGUCAUGUUCAUGCAUAAAGAAUAAUAUGGCAUGCACCGAGAUGUGUAACUGUCAAGCAGAUGAUGAAAAGGAAUCUGUGUUUUACACAGAAGAAUUUAAUGGCUUCACCCAUGCUGAUGCACUGGUCUCUUACCAUCACGUCUUUAGUUUCGUCUCGGACGACUUGGGCUACGUGAUCUACUCGGCACUGGGCAGUUUCUACAUCCCGAGCUGCAUCAUGAUCUUCGUGUACAUCCGUAUCUACUACGCCGCCAAGGCCCGGGCUCGAAGAGGCGUGCCCAAAAAGAAACCUGCCGCAUCAGGAGCAGGCAGGCAAGUGGCAGGCAAACAACCUGCCAAAAAACAACUCAGCAAUAAACCCAUGAACAACCCUCCCAACACCACAACCACCAGUUUCUCCAAGCCACCAACACCCACCCCUGUCCUCUCCACCGAUGACUCCAGAAACGGGGCCAACGAGCGGUCGGGGCUGCUCAACAAGAAAGUGCUCAUUUGUGACGUGCGGGUCCACGAGGAGGUGUCGCCCUCUAGGUGUGCGACUCCCACCGACAACCUAGAGGAUGACACACCCUUGCGGACUGUCAGCGAGCAAGUGGACGCCGACCACCGGAAUCACAACACCAAGAGCGAGAACGGUUUAUAUAUAGGCCCACUGGGCUCUGACAACCCGGAUCUAACGAUUGGGUUGCCAACACCUGCAGUGCCACCAACGCCCAUGAGAGAGCCAAACGGUGGCAACAUGGCCGUAAAUGUGGCGUCCCCAGCCGGUUCCUUGCGGCGAGGAGUACCUGCUCCUGUGAUGGACGGUGACCAGAUGAGUGAUAUUGAUCCAUCAUCAUCGGAUUCUGGAGUUGUCACUCGUUGUUCUGUGGUAAAACCCUUGAAACUACGUUUCUGCCACCCGCUCCUCGGUAAGAAGCUCACAAAACCCAAAAGGGAGCUCAUCGACAUGGGCCGAGUCUCCACGCCGAAGGCUCGAGACCCUGAGAAAGAGAAGAGGCGGCUGGCACGCAAAAAGGAGAAGAGAGCCACACUGAUCCUGGGUCUCAUUAUGGGUUCCUUCAUCGCCUGCUGGUUUCCCUUCUUCUUCAUGUACAUCCUGGGACCUCUCUGUCCGGCCUGCUACAUCCCCGUAUACGCCUUCGACCUGGCCUUUUGGCUCGGGUACAUGAACUCAGCUUUCAAUCCGGUCAUCUACACUAUCUUCAAUAAAGACUUCAGGCGAGCAUUUAGAAAGAUUCUCUUCAAAUAAGCGGUUUCACAUUUUUUUUUAUGAAAUGACAAUUCUGAAGUAUUGCUCAUUCAUGUUAAACACAACUAAUAACAACCUCUGCCUGACUGUGGUGACGUCAUAGUGAUAUAAAUACUAUGUACAUCAAGACACUAAACUUGAUAUAAACCCACACAGGCACACGAUAAAAACAUUUUAGAUUUAUAUUAUUUGUAUGAGUAAUAGAAAUAUCCUUGAAUUUUUAAUUCCUUGAAUGAGAGCUGAUUAUUUUUACGUUUCCCAUUAAAUAACAUGACGAAAAAGAAAUUUUGUCGCCAUGAAAACGGGAAGUGGACCAAUGGGAGACUCCAUGGGAUCAAUCACUGUGCUUUUAGACGAGUCCUGAGAGUAGGAGUGAGGAGGGGUACUGCCACCUUCCUGUGCAGGUACGAACCUCCUCUGCUGUAGACCAGCACCACGGCUGCACCAGCACUCCUGCCUCAGAAUCACUACUACAAAACCCUUGUGUUACCCGUGAGUGCUAUGGUUAGGUUGUACACAAUACGCUUGAACACAGAAAAAUGUUCUCUUCUAUUGUUUUGAUUAAUAAGUGUUGUAAACUAAUAUAGCUUUUAUGAACAUGUAGCAUACUGCCAUUUUGUGCAUGGCGAAUUGCAU